AACGACGUCGUUUUCGUAUUAUGCUUUCUUCUUCACUACUGAAGCGAAAAAAAAAAGAAUUUUUUUCCAAAUCUAUCAGAGUAAAGCAGCUUGGACGGGGGCGAUGGCGUGUUCGUCAUACACAAGUGAAGUCACGGAGAGAAGAGGUAUACCGGCGGCGUCAUUCGUACAAGACGUUCAGUCCUAUCUCAGCCAAUCUGGUCUCGAUGUUAACUCUGCUCUUGCCUUCCUACAAGAAAGACUUCAGCAGUAUCGAGUGGUUGAAAUGAAACUUUUGGCCCAACAGAGGGAGCUUCAGGCAAAGAUUCCUGACAUAGAAAAAUGCUUGGAUAUAGUUGCUACUUUGCAAGCUAAGAAGGAUUGCAGUGAGGCACUAGUCGCUGAUUUUGAAGUGUCAGAAGGUAUUUAUUCCCGGGCUAGGAUUGAAGAUAAUGAAUCUGUGUGUCUAUGGCUAGGGGCAAAUGUCAUGCUACAGUAUUCAUGCGAAGAGGCUACUGCCCUUCUUCAAACAAACUUGGAAAAUGCAAAAGCCAGUUUAGAGGUUCUUGUGGCUGAUCUACAAUUUUUGAGGGAUCAAGUGACAAUUACUCAGGUCACAACUGCUCGUGUAUACAACUGGGAUGUACAUCAACGUCGACUUCGACAAGCUACUACUCCCAAAGAAUCAUGAGAACAACUCAUCUUUCAUUGAUAGAGGUGGUACUAGACAUUGCAUCACAGAGUACUUUUUGGUUCAUCUUUGUAGGUUAAACUUUUGAACUGUUCUUGCAAAGAUCAUGAAUUGGUUUGGUUUGGUUUUGCCAUCAUUAAUGGGUUCAAUGUGUAGCAAAUUUUCUAAGACAUUGUCCCUUACAUGAUGUUUUUUUCUAAGAUUUACUUAUUUGUGAGGUAAGAGACAAGAGUAUCUGACCUGUUAUCAUGUUGUUUUGUUGUUUCCUAAAUACAAUGUAGUAGCCGUAUGUACUCGUUUGAGUUCACACAUUAGGUCAAUAUUCAUUGUGGUUUGCUUCACAAA